AUGGGCAAUCCGACUUUCGUUUUGAUCCCGGGAGCAUGGCACACUCCAACAGCCUACGAGCCUGUGAAAUCCAUUCUUGAGGGUGACGGGUUCGAAUGUGCCACCGUUUCUCUGCCGUCAGUCGGAUGUAAGCCAGUGACAUAUGACUUCUCCGAAGAUGUCGAAGCAGUCCGCAACACUGUCCUGAAAUUGGUAGAUGGAGGCAAAGAAGUGGUUGUAGUAAUGCACUCAUACAGCGGAAUGUGUGGGUCUGAAGCUUUGAAAAGCUUGUCAAAAGAUGAGAGAGUAGCUCAAGGAUUAAGUGGUGGUGUAGUAAGACUCGUUUACAUUAUGGCGAUGAUACUACCGGAAGGAUCUGAGCCAGCACCCAGAGGCACUACCGACAACAUGCACCCAUUUAUGGUAGCUGAUCUCGAGGCUGGCAUCGUGACCGUUUCUCCAGAAGACGCACUGAAGGUGUUUUAUAAUGACUUUCCGUCUGCACAGGCUCAGGAGUUCGCUUCUCAAAUCGAACCUCAAAGUAUUGGAGUUUUCUACAGCAAGAUCACAUAUGCACCUUGGAGAGCAAUCCCUACAACUUACGUGCUUUGCGAGAAUGAUCAGUCUUUCACGAUGGCCUAUGCGGAUUAUUUGUUGAGUGUCGCAAAGUCCACAGAUGAUCAUAAGAUUGACACUUUAGAAAGGUGUGAUGCUGGUCAUUUUGUUAUGGUGAGUAAACCAGAGUGGCUUGCUGAUGUAUUGAAACGCGCAGCGGGUGCAUACAUGUGA